AUGCAGCUAUCUGAGCGUGUGCCGGUCGCGACUCCUGAAGGCUGGAAGAAUACAAGAGACGCAUGUAUGGUGCAACCAAGCGUUUCAUCGAACAAAGCAGAAGAGAUUUUCGGUAAAGUGAACACACUAUCGCUUCCCAGUGGCAAGUCAUAUCUACGUACGGUGAACCUUGUUGAUUGA